AUGACUGAAAGAUCAUAUAAGGAUGGGAGAUUUAGAGUCGGAGAGCGCUCAGUUUAUAUUUAUUGCACUGUAUGCGACUCCUUAGUAACUAUUCGUGAAAAUACAAUUGAAUAUGCGAAUAAUCAUCUGAAUAAAUGCAUUACUAAAUCCACUAAAAAGCAUCUUGCAUAUUCUAAUCCUAUUCAGAAAAAAGGAGGAAGAAUAGCAUUAGAAUUAAGUAAAGAUGAAAUUUAUGAGAUUUGUGGUAAAUUUACUGAUUUUCCUAGUCAGGGUUUUAGAAUUAGAUGUGAUGCAGACUAUGAAUUGUGGAAAAAGACUGCAUAUCAUAUAUUUAAUAAUGCAAAAAUUAUCCAACGGGCUUAG